AUGGAGAGCAAUAAAUGUGCUAUAGUGAACCUAGACUACAAUGAUGUUGCGAAAAAGGAAUAAGAAAUUUUAAGCAAGGAAUCAGAUGAAGAUUUUAGCUUCAGAUUUGUACAGAGAGAUGAUUUUAAGAGAGGUCAUCUUCAAACUCUAGCUUAGUUAACAGUUGUGGGCAAUGUAACUCAGCAAGAGUAUGAAAAAAGAUGGGAUGAGUUAUUCCCUUAGCAUGCUGAUCAUUACAGAAUUGUUGUAAUUGUAGAUAAAAGAAAAGAUAUGAUUGUUGGAUCUGGAACAUUAUUCAUUGAGAAGAAAUUCAUAAGAGAAUCUGGAAUUCUGUAGAUUCAACCUACAGAGGGAAAAAACUAGGAAUUAGAUUGA